AUGCCUCCAGUUGCCCAGUAUACAGAAAGGCCAGCAAGCGGAUCCAAGUCCCAAUUCCAACCAGGACAUAAAAUCCCGAUCCAGCAUCUAACGAAGCCGGGUCUUCAGGCCGACAUGGAAGAUCCGAAGCCGGUUUCCUCCCAUAUCCCGACUGAGGAUGGCGGGUAUCAGCUCUACAAGGCCGCUGGCAAACUUGAAGGAAAGAGAGCCAUUAUCACGGGCGGAGACUCUGGUAUCGGACGGGCCACGGCAAUUCUUUUUGCCAUGGAAGGUGCCUCGAGUCUGAUAGUUUAUCUACCCGAGGAAGAAAAAGAUGCACAGGAAACAAAGAAGAAGGUUGAAGAAGCCGGACGUCAAUGCCAUUGUUUGGCCAUAGAUAUCCGCAAAAAGGAGAAUUGCCAGAAAAUCGUCGACACGGCCAUUAAUACCAUGGGUGGCAUCGAUAUUCUGGUCAAUAACGCCGCCUUUCAAGACAUGCUGAGCGAUAUCAGUGAAUUGAGCGAGGAACAGUGGGAGCGGAGCUUUGACACCAAUAUUCACUCGUUUUUCUAUCUUUCCAAAUACUCGCUACUUCAUAUGAAGCCCGGGUCAACAAUCAUCAACUGUGCCUCUGUGAACCCAUAUAUCGGUCGGGGAGAUUUGCUGGAUUACACAUCCACCAAGGGAGCGAUUGUAGCGUUCACCAGAGCUCUCUCGAACCAACAAGUCAAGAAGGGCAUUCGAGUCAAUUGUGUUUGCCCAGGCCCGAUCUGGACUCCACUGAUUCCAUCCACGAUGGGGACUGCUGCGAUGGAACAAUUCCAUGCUGUGCCAAUUGGACGACCUGGGCAGCCCAGUGAGGUCGGAACGUGUUUUGUUUUCCUUGCAAGCCAGGACAGUAGCUAUAUCUCUGGCCAAUGUCUACACCCCAAUGGUGGUAUCAUGGUCAAUGGUUAA